GUAUGUAUACAUUAGAUAUAGUGGCCCAUUUAUAUUGUCUGUUUCUUACCUGGCCAAGUGCAAUUCACCUGAGCGAGAUGAAUCAUACUGGCUAACACUCAAAUAACGAUUUUAAAGCUUUAAUUUAGGAAAGAUAUCUGUCAUUGAGGAAAAAACUGGCUGCACAUAGAAAUGUUGAAUGUGAACAAUUUAUGAAAUUUGGAUCUAACAAUACAAUGUCCGUACUGGGAGAAUCACACUUUGGAUAUAGUGAAUUUAGAACUGGAUUUUUUUCCUCUGGUAUACCUUCUGGUGGUAGUAGCCUACCAUUUGGGUCAGGGCUAGGGUAUACUAGUUUAGCGGGACCACCAGUCCCGUCUGUGCCACUAUGGAGGCCUACUCCUUCAUUACCUAUACCACAGUACUGUAUGGACAUAAGAUGUCCCUGUAAUUUAUCAAGGAGUUUUGGGACUAAUGUUUUGGACUAUGUGCCAUCAUUUUUGCCUCCAUGGUAUUUAAAGCUAGCAGGUGACCAUUUAUUAUACAAAGGACAGACCUCCUUACAUGAUUCACAGGAAUCACCUAGUAAAGAACUUCCAACAAAGAUUCAGAAACAGGAAAGAUUGAAGGACAGACAGGGAUUGCCACAGACACUUAACUUUGAUAAGGAACGGGAGUCCAAGUUUUUAUCAAAGAGUCGAUGUACAGGAACACAGACACAAAUUUCAAAUGUGGACCCAGAGUUACCAUUAUAUUUAAAUGGAUCAAGAUCAGACCAACUGACAGUUGACCAGUAUGCUGCUGCUCACCAAGCUAUGCUUAUACAAGCCAAUCAGUUGAUGCGAGAACGAGGCUCACCUCCAAGAUAUUCAAGCUUAGAUUCUCAUGACACUCCAUUAAACUUAUCAUUAUCAAAUUCAACUUUAGCAUCACAGAAUUCCUCAUAUUCCACACAUGUUCCAAGACCAUCUGUUAUUACAUGUGCACCAACAGUAGUAGAUAGAGGGCAGCAAAGUCUGUCUCCAUCGAUUUCACCUCAGUCUCUUCCAAGUCCCAGUAGGAGGGAAGUUAGAACAGAAUUAUGUGAUCCUGCCAUAGAAGAACAUUUUAGAAGGUCAUUGGGACGGGACUACUCAGACUUCGUAUCUUCAAAAUCUUCUCCAAAGACACCAAGUUUGCCAUCCCCAUCUGGUCCUCCCCCACAGCUUCCUUCUCCUCCUGUAGAGAAUAAAACACAGAUAGCUACAAAUGUUUCAAUAACAGGUUCUGUGGAUGACCAUUUUGCUAAAUCCCUUGGAAACAGUACAUGGACUGCACUGAAAGCCAAAAAAGAUCCAGUAAAUGAACUUUUCACAGGCUCAGUGGAUGACCACUUUGCCAAAGCUCUAGGAGGAGAUACUUGGUUAAGAAUUAAAGCUGAAAAAGAAAAUGGACAUUGUACAAGCUUGUCACAGCAAAGACAUGACUCUUCCCUACUGUCUACUCAACAUUAAUAUUGUUUUAUGUGUUCACUCAAGUGUGGAUGACCAUGAAAAUAUGUCACUGCCAUACAGUUAUGAAAUGUUAUGUUUGCUACGUUUCUGAUCUCAAAGCUCAUGACACAAUUUGGAAUAUAAAUUGAGAUGCAAAUUUGUAAUGUUAUUUUCUCAGUGUAAAUUAUUUGCUCAUAGUUUCAGAUUGGAAUUAAAACAAUUUAGACAGUCAUUAAAUUUAUUUUGGGUUAAUCUCAAAGAUCAUUUUUUUUUUAUUAGAAUAAUAUUUUCUUGCCAACAAAAAGUAAAAUAGUUUUUUUUUUUUUUUUUAUAUAUUUAUAGUACAUUGUAUAUAUAUAAUGAGGGUAGUUUGAAUAAACCUAUCACUUAUCAACUGCAUGUUAUCUGGCAUUUAAAAUUUAAAAGAAAAAACAUUCACUACUUGAAGAUAAUUUUUUUAGCAUUUUGGAUCUCAAUUUUUUCAUGAAUGAAUUUCUUACAUUCAUUGACAAAUUUAAAUUACAGUUUGUUUUUUUUUACAGGCCAUAAACACGUCAUAAAAAAUCUUUGACAUUGAAAAAUUGACUUGUAAAAAGACAUUAUGUAUUAAAACUAGUGUUUGAUGUUCUUAAUGCAAAUUUAACUAAACAAGAUUCUUAUAGCAGAAUGUAUUAAUUACAUGAAUGAAAACAUUGAUGUUGCUCAGAUGAUCCAAAUUGACAUGACAACAAAACAAGUUGGGUGGAGGAGUUGGUGUUGAUAUGUUGUCUUAUAAUUAAUUCUUUUAUUGUGUAAACUUUAUGGUAUAAGUUUUGUCUUGCUGAGCUUACAAUUGUUAGGUAAGCAAGUAAAACACAAUUGUUUUCCUGUGUUUUAUGUAAAUUGCUCAAGGUCAUUUAAAUGUCAAGGUCAAAUUUAAAGUUUAUUUACAAAAAUGAAAUCCAUAGCCUCCAUGUGAUUGCGGUUUUAAAUCUUCUGAAAAAUGAAUUUUGGAUAAACUUUAAACUUUUGACAUAAACAUCAGAAAUAAUUUAUCAGCAAAUUGAGGAACUGAAUUGACUUGUUUAUAAAUCUGUCAAUAUAUGGUACACAAUUUUUCAUUUGACCUUUUAAAGAUUGUCAUAUUUAUUUCAACAUUACCUAGAGCUACUUGUUCCCACAGUGCAGUGUAUAAAAACAAUAUUAGUGUCAGGUGGAAAGAUUCUGGUUGUGCUAUGAGAAUGAACUAACAAUAGAAAACAUUCCUGAUUUGCAGGUUUUAUUGUUUGUUAUCCUGAGGUGGAGAAGGAAAUAAAAUGUUGAGCAGCAUAUUGUGUGAAAAUGUUAUAGUGAAUGGAUGGAAAAAGUGGACAUUUUUGUGCAAAUUUUCUUUUUUUUUAAUGCGGGUUUUGAAAUGGCAAUGUUUCUUGUCAUAUGCUUGUCUUGUAUAUUGUGAAGUGUGUUGUUUUUAAGACUAUAGAAAUGGUCAUUAUAUGUUUCAUUGUUUGAAGUGUCAUUCUGAAAUAUCUUUGGGAAAAGUAUUGUGUAAAUGUAUAUAAAAAUAUAUAUAUAUUGGUAUUUUCUAAACAUUUGCAAAAACUUUUGUUUUUAUCAUCAACUGAGUUAAAGUUAUAUGAUUACCCAUUCUUUAUCGUGACAUUGUCUCACAUUUGUUUUACAUUCUUGAGCUUAACAUGAUAUCAGUUUUUUUCAUAUUGAUGCUUGUGGUUAAAGAUGUACAUUUCAUUCAUUGUAAAUAAUUUAUGUCAGACAUUUGAACAAGUUUUUUUCAUUGUUAUGUUGUAAAGAGUUAUAUUAAAAGUAAGUGAUAAUACAAAUAAUGCUAAUUCCUUUUUUCUUUAUUGGCCUUUGUGUAUAUAACUGACCUUAAAACAUCUCAAUGAUAUGAUUUAUACCUAUUUAUAUUUUUUAAUUGAUAAAUUUAGAUAAACAGAUUUACUGUAAAAUGAAAUAGAGUUUAAAAAAAUUAAUGCAAAGCUGACAGAUUUCUUUAGAUGUUUCUAAAAACUAAAAAUCCAGAUUCUUUCAGCAUGGCCAGAAAAUAAAUCUUUGAAUAAGAGCUAUGUGAACUGUAAAUCAUCAGAGAAUCCAGAUUCUUUCAGCAUGGCCAGAGAACAAAUUUUUGAAUAAGAGCUAUUUGAACUGUAAAUCAUCAGAGAAUGCAGAUUCAUGUAGCAUGGCCAGAGAACAAAUCUUUGAAUUAGAGCUGUGUGAACUGUAAAUCAUCUAGAGAAUCCAGAUUCUUGUAGCAUGGCCAGAGAACAAAUCUCUGAAUUAGAGCUGUGUGAACUGUAAAUCAUCAGAGAAUCCAGAUUCUUGUAGCAUGGCCAGAGAACAAAUCUUUGAAUUAGAGCUGUGUGAACUGUAAAUCAUCAGAGAAUCCAGAUUCUUGUAGCAUGGCCAGAGAACAAAUCUUUGAAUUAGAGCUGUGUGAACUGUAAAUCAUCAGAGAAUCCAGAUUCUUGUAGCAUGGCCAGAGAACAAAUCUUUGAAUAAGAGCUGUGUGAACUGUAAAUCAUCAGAGAAUCCAGAUUCUUUCAGCAUGGCUAGAGAACAAAGCUUUGAAUAAGAGCUUCGUGAACUGUAAAUCAUUAGAGAAAGCAACUUACAAUUUUAUUAACUUACCAAUUAGUAUGUCACUUGUAAUAAACCUUUCAUUAUAAUUUCAAUUAAAUGAAAUUACCAUUA